AUGGGUCAGAGAACCAGCUACCCGGGCUGUUACCCGAAAAACUUCAACUUCCAUAAGCCCCUGCUCAUGUUCUUCAACCUCGCGACCGACGAAUAUGGAUUGGACUGCGACUGUCAUAUGCAAUUUGCUUGCCCGAACGGAGAACCAUCGAUGCCGCCCCACCUCGGUGAAUUCAUCAAUGAGCCUAUUCCACAGGAAGCAUACGCGCAAUGCCCAGAGCUCCGAAUCUCGCCUACUCUGCCAUUACGCGAAUCCUGGGAAAUCGAAAGCCCCGAUAUAUGGAGCGACUGGCGCGACAACCAUUACCCCUGA